AAAAAAAAAAAAAAGCCACAUACACACACUGUCACACAAGUUCGGGAGCUUCUCCAUCCAUCACAAACCUCUCUCUCUCUCUCUCUCUGUGUCUGUGACCAAUGGCUCUCAACCUCUCUCUCUGUCCUCCCUCCAUUCGCUCUCCACAGACGCUCAUGUGCUCAGCGAAGCACCCGAUCGCGCUCUCCUCUUCCUCCUCGGCUCCCUACUCAAAGAGCACCGUGAGUAGUAGUAGAAGAAGUUUGGGCGAGAAGAGGAGUAGAGGGGCUUACGGUGCUACGGUGGUGAGGUCCAGCCUGGACACGGUGGGGCCCACAGUAAAAGUGGGCCAGGUGACCGAAGUCAACAAGGACACCUUCUGGCCCCUCGUCAAGGCCGCCGGGGACAAGGCUGUCGUCGUCGACAUGUACACCCAAUGGUGCGGUCCAUGCAAGGUGAUGGCUCCAAAGUUUCAACAACUGUCCGAGAAGCUUCUUGACGUCGUGUUUCUAAAGCUUGAUUGCAACCAAGAAAACAAGCAGCCCUUAGCAAAGGAGCUCGGGAUAAAAGUUGUUCCUACUUUCAAGAUUCUGAAGGACAGCAAGAUUGUAAAGGAAGUCACAGGGGCCAAGUUUGAUGAUCUGGUCCUUGCAAUUGAAACUGUUAGAUCCAGCUAGUAACUCUUUCUUCUUUUCCUUGCAAAAUGUUCAUAAUAUACUGAAGGGCCUCCACUUCAACCUAAUUAUUGGACUUGUAUGUAUUGGUUGUA